CACAUGGCUGACAUGGCGACCGAAAGUUUAUGAUGUUUGCGCAGUUCGCGUUGUUGCUGUAUUGUUUUGCUUUGCGGUGCGCGUUCAUUCAUUCGCUAUGUAGCGGCUGAGUCCGCGUCCCAAUGCGCUAAGCGAACAAGCAAAGGCGCGGCAAUGUUGCUGAAUAGUUUCAGGAUCGGUGCAGGCAGGUUUUGUUGGAAACUGGCCCGCGGUGCGUCGGCGGCCGCUCCGUCAAGGGUAACAGGGGCAUCACUUCCAACGGGCCGUUCUUCCUCGACCAGGGGACGGCCUGCGACCUCCAAGAAACGCGAAGCAGAGGAGUCUCAACACGACCAGCCGUACUCAAUACUAUCGACCGUCCAAGAUCGCGACGACGACGACUUCAGCCUGAUAGAGGAGCCUGAGGGCAGCCUGAGCGAGCAGUCGCGGGCCCGCGUACGGCUCCUGACGGAGUCGCUCGGUUGCUCGCUGGCGAGCGCCACGAGCAUCGUGAUGAGCAACCGCAAGAUCCUGAGCAUCCGACGCGAGACCCUGCUGAAGAACAUCGGCAUGCUCAAGUCGCUCUUUCCGGUGCGCGAAAUCAUGCGGCACCCGGAGAUCCUCAGCUUCCAGUUUGGCACGGCCGAGCAGCGCUUCAGGAACCUCGAGGAGUGCGGUAUCAAGAAGGUUACGCCCGCUAGAAUCAUCAGGUAUGUGGAGCUAAUGACUCAGCCCUCCUGCUCCCUGAAACUGCGAGGCGCGAUGGAAGUCGAGACCGACCCUGCAACUCACCUGCUCUCCUUCCUGGACUGCCCCGCUGGAGUGCGUGCCGACAUCCUGUCGGAGCUGCCGCUCCAUUACCCGUUCACCCUGAGCAUAGCAGAGGUGAAGCAGAUUGUGCUGCGUGCUUACCUAGCCUGGCGCCUUGGAUGCACCCACGAACAGAUUGCCUCACUGGUGCAGAAGUAUCCGUCUGUGGAGAACCGGAGCCUGCAGUUCCUCCGACACACCAUCGAGCUGCUUACCAAUCACUUCCACAUGCCCACUGACAAGGCAAGCCUGAAAACACUCUUUCACCUAGUGAAGUGA